GUAGAGGAUGUUAUUGUCAGGUGACCACACCUCAUCAUGUUCAAGCUCUGAAUUUUAUUUAACCAAAAGACAAGCAAAAGUGUUUCUUUGUGAAAAGGUGAAAUCACAGCAGACAUGUCCUCGAAGCCCACGUGUCUGAUCGUGGCCAGCGCGUGUGCGCAGGGUGUGUCAGUGCAGUGUUUCCUAAAGGCCUUCAGUCUGUGCAGUCCUGUCUUUAACCUGCAGACCGCCACUCCGGGGGGGAAACCCAUAGACUUUGUAGGUGUGGAUGAAAGCACUGCCAGAUGGGUGCAGGACUUCAACAUCAAACCUUAUGCCACACCAGCUAAACUAGAAUCAAUAGAUGGGGCCAGGUACCAGGUGCUCCUGAUCCCAGACUGUCCUGGGGCCCCCACUGAUCUGGCCCACAGUGGCUCCCUGCACCGCAUCCUCACACACUUCAUAUCCAACCAGAAACCAGUGUGCGCUGUGGGCCAAGGUGUUGCAGCUCUGUGCUGUGCUACAGAGGGACAGAAGUGGAUCUUCAAUGGCUACAGUCUAACAGGGUCAUCUGUGUUUGAGCUGGUGAGAAAACCAGAUUUUGCCAAUUUGCCUUUGAUUGUGGAGGAUUUUGUUAAGGACAGUGGCGGAUCAUACACAGCGAGUCAGGAGGACGCAGUGCAUGUCGUUAUUGACAGACAUCUCAUCACGGGGCAGAAUAUCCAGUCCACCUCGUUGGCUGUGAACAAUCUGAUCCUGCUCAGCUCCAACAAGUGAUAACGUCACCGCCCCACAUGCAGAUAUGGAAAAGUCUACACACAUGGAGGUUGAUCCACUUUAGUGAAAAUGCAACAUUCCUUUAUUGAAGAAAAGACAUUUUUGAAAAGCACCUGAUC